CUUCAAGUUGAAGGUGCCUUUAAUAAGUUCCAUCAUGAUCUCCUCCCGAACUUCAUUAUUUUGUCAUAGCAAGUAUAACAUCCAGUGCAUAUGAUAUGGGAAGUUGCCAGCAAAUCCCCUUCCCAGACAAUAUGAUCGAAAUGACAUUUCAAUAUUGAUCGACUCGUUUGGUGAGUAACGAUCUUGAGAAGCGUGCCAGAUUCCUUGAUUACACGUUUCAAGUUGUUGUGUAGUCAUCACUAGCUCUCAAAACAGGCUGCAGCGCGUUCACAACAUGAUAUCUUGAUAUCCAUCCUCCACAUCAAAGAAUCACAGUGAAGCAUUUGCACGUAGUUUUCUUGACUAUAUCUCGCCGGCUGUCGUAUUCAGCUCUGAGCAGUAGACGCAGCUGCUAACAUGACUCAAGAUUCUCCACACUCUCCUGUUGAUGUUGAUGAGGAGACAAUCUUUGGUGACGUAGACAGGCCCGGUGCAAAACCUCAUCUCAAAUCUCGCAUUCUUUGCCUGUGGCCUUGGUUAAGCAUUGGUUCACUUAUAGUCACAUCUGUGUUCUCCUUCACGCUAUGGAUAACCACCCCUUCUGCUCAUCUUGCUAUAUACUCUCCAGCGAGUGCUGCCGUCGAGCCUGUUGUUGUAAGGUUCAAUGGAACCAUCGAUUUCCCUUCUAUCUAUCGUAUUAACGGUGGACCUCUCGAAGCUCCCGAUUAUCAUGGCCCUCCUCCCCCAGAACUCGAUGCUGCUUGGGCCAGGAUUUCUGACGAUGUGCCACCAAUCCGGGUUACGAUUGAUGACCUACGUAAAGCUGGAGAAGUAGAUCUACCAGCGAAGGUCAAGUAUCCACAAAGUAACGGUGGAGGUUUCAUGGCAUCGUUGGAAGUCAAUCACCAACUGCGUUGUCUGAACUUCCUUCGCAAAUCCUCUUGGCCCGACCAUUACAAGUUGGAUCCCUGGUUCCAGCGGGACCCCUCAGUAGUUCGAAUGCAUCUCGACGACUGCAUCGAACUGAUCAGGCAGUCUAUUAUGUGUGAUGCCGAGGUCGCUAUGAUCACGUGGGACUGGGUAAAGAACCACACGAAACCCUACCCUAACUUCAACACCCGUCAUGCAUGCAGGAAAUUUGACAACGUCAUGGACUGGGCUGUCCAACAUGCUGAUCGAUCCGAAGUUACUCGCAUGGAGGAUACGAUCGACCUCCCUUUCCCUCAUCAGUAUAAUACAUGAUGCGUCUUGCGGCAUGAGAGACAUCGCACCAUGGUAAGCUACUUAAUGAUCGCACAUGUUUGAGGUGAUUGGUGCGAAAUGUGACAUGGAGUGACGUGGAGAGGCUAUAGAUGCCAUCUUCCACGAUGUAGUGCUUGCUUGACUACCAGGGGACUAACUGAAUCGUGAAAACUAGGGAGCUAAUAAUUCGAUAACUAUUGACUUAACGUCUCCCAAGCAUAUCGCUGGUUGCAGUCCUGAGCCCCUUCAGCACAAGAGACCCAUCUCUCUGCUCUGAACCUUGCUUCUCCAGUACUCCAAGAACAUAAUCCAUAGAUGGCAUGGGCUGAAUUCCUGCG